GUUUAUACCUUACCGAUGGGUCGCCCUCCUUGGAUUUCGCCGACCCAGGGGCGGAAAUAAAUUUCAAACGUAUAAUUUAACUACCUGGCUACAUGCUUCAUAGAAGCUGAACGUGUUCGUCCUGGCAGGACAUCCAAACGGAAAGGACGUACUGUAGCAUGGCCCAAAGCGUUCUUCUGUGGGUCCUCUUAGCCGCACUGGGCGCUUCACGUUUCCUGAAUGAGGCAGAGGCAGAAGUCUCAAAAACCGACGAGGAGGAUGAUGAAGACUAUGAUGAUGAAGACUAUGAGCAUGACAUUUUUAAAGUCACCCUUUUCUUGAGGAACCAGAGUGGAUAUAUGACCAAAGUAAAUUCUUCAAGACUCCCUCAAGUCGAUUAUGAAAACUUCACCAAAUCAAACUACUUGGAGAGCAUGGAAGGGCUUCCUCUGAAAAACCUUUCCUGCAUUGUGUACAACCAUCAACAUCUGCAGUGUUCCUGGGCGACCCUGAAGCUGCCCUCGGAUGCUCAGAGCUCCCUUACUGUCAAACAGCCUGGCCACAACACCACAAACGGGAACUGUUCCACCAGCACAAACGGAGAUGUUGUGGCAUGCCAGGCUAUAAUUAAUUACGAGUCAUUAUUCAUGAAUUUACAGAUCAACGUGUCACUCCCAGAUGUGUGGUACCUCCAUUCUCAGGGUUAUAACAUAAAAAGCAUUGAAAAACUUAAUCCUCCUCAGAAUAUAUCAAUGUCAGGUGUUUCUAAAAAUAUCGUAAUCAGAUGGGAUCCCCCAUCCAGCAUUCCUGACCAUUGCUUCAAUUACCAGUUAAAAAUCAACAAUAAUUCUGAGGUUAUUAAUAUUAUUACACAAAGGGACUAUACUAUACCAGGGGCAGACCCGACGAGGAGGUAUACUGUGCAGAUGAGAGUCACUAAAACUCAUACUUGCGUAGUAAACCACAUAUGGAGUGACUGGAGCGACGUGUUGGUGCUGAAUCCCACCAACCCCCCUGAAAUAAGCCUUGUGAUGAUUGUCAGCAUGACCCUCUGCCUCCCCAUGUUACUGCUUUCCGUCCUGCUGCUCAACAAAAUGAGAAUCUGGGAGAAGCUGUUUCCUCCAGUUCCAGGACCUUCCAGAAAAAUAAAGAUUUUGCUGGAAAGAGAAGAUUUUUCAUGGAAACAAAGUCAGACAUACAGCAAAGGGAACGGGGACUACACAAUGGCAAGAUGGUGAAAAUUCGAAAUACACUUUUUGCAUGAAGGACACCAGCUGUUACCAGCUGUUCACUGAUAAUCUACAUGUUUUAAAUAAAGCUUGGCUUAGUCUCUCACUUAUCCCUCGGAUUUAUGUCUAUAGGAGAGUUGAUUGCCCGAUAUAUCGCAAUGAACAUUCGUUACCACGGGAUGCCUGUUCCUGCCUUUGUAUUCUAAGAUAUCUUUGCAUAUAAGAAAUGUAGUUAGAUAUUUAUGCUUUUUUUAUGGUUGAGAGUCUUGGAUUUUGGCUGUCAUUGUUUUUAGUGAUUUUUGUAAAAAUACUAUCAUUAAGGUUGGUUCCAUGCCCAGCGUUGCUUGUACAUCCUGAGUAAAUAAUGUUUAGAUUGUAAUUUAGCUUCUAAGUGUUGCAGUGAAAGUCAUUGAUAAUUCAUGAGGUCCGAGUCAUUUUUUAAAAGGCAAAUGAAAAGCUCAUGUUCAGGGCUUACAUGCAGGUGCUUGUAGAGGAAGCUGAAAGCCCACAUCUGUCAAAUUGUUGGGCAGCCUCCAUCUCGACUUUUAUUCUAUCUGUGAUCUUAUUCCUUUGUGGCUUCCUUUAUUUUUACAGUGAUUUGCACGUAAUUUUUUUUUACAGUGUUAGAAAAAUUAGCUUAAUUUCUGAAUGUUUUCCGGUUUAAAUCAGCCAUGUGGGGGUUCAUAAGCCAUGAAUACAUUUCAGAGGUAAAGGACAUGCCUCUGUACACCAUUCAUUGUGGGGUGAGUUGAAAAACACAAGACACUAAUAGAAAAGGCAUAUUAUUUUUAAGGGGACUGCCACUGAUUGUUGGACCACUGAGGAAAUGUCCUUUUUGUGGUAUAAAUUAUAACAGCACAGUUACAGAUUCAAAUAGCAGGUUUCUCAGCUCUGUUCCUUAGAGCUGAUAUCUGCAGCAUUUGAAUUCAGUUUUGUCUUUUGAUUUCAUAUAAAUCCUCCAAAGGAUAGCAUAUAGACCUGCUCAUUUCAGGCAAUAUCAUCAUACUCCACACAAAUAUUUUAAGUAAAGGCCAUGGUUGUACACUUUAGAAACUAAACUACUAUUUGGACUUUUUAAAUGAAGGUUAACAGAGUGUUUAAGCUGCACGGUGGUUAAAUUAUGGCGAAAGCUUUUCUGGUAGAGCAAGGGUGUGAUUUGAAUUUGCUGCACAGCAUAAAUGCACCACUGACAGGCACAAAGAAUGUGUUGCUGCGCAGCAUCUUUUUAAUUGUUUUGAUCAUGAUAUUUCCGGGACAAGUUCAGUGUCUCUCCAGUUUGAAACAAACUACCCAUUUGGUGAAUGUAAUAUACGCUGUUUUAAAAUAUUGCAUGUAUGUUAGAAAGUAUAGAAAUUUUACGUCGGAAUAAAGAUGCUUUAAAAGCCC